CGUCACAUCUCGCCAAACGCCCAUCAAACUUUCACCACAGCCUGUAGAGAGGACCCAGUCCUCUGAAAGAGGCCUGUUAGAGACAACCGGGACGCGCUGGACUCUGGGUUUACGGCUGGAUAGCGAUGGCGACACUUCUGAUGAUGAGUUUUGGUACAGUUUGACCUCACAGCGAACAACGCCUAAAACCCCCCAUCUGCUUCAGUUUUCUUGCCCUUUUUGCGACCGAGCGAGGAAUGGAGCAAGCACCAAGCGCGCCGAGCCCUCCUCCAAAACCGGCCCAUCACGAGCCCAUAAGCUUCGGCAUCGACCAGAUUCUGGGAGCCGGUACUGAGCCAGAAAGCGCGCGCACGGCGGGAAGACAAAGUGGAUCAGAUUUAAGUAACGGAGACGGUUAUUACAGUUUGGGAAGCCCGACUGGGGCCAACGCGCCCUCAUAUACCGCGCUCUCGAUCUCCCUCUCCGGUGUAAUGCCUCCGGUGGAGGCUUCAGGUUCAUACGGAGAGAGCAGGAGUCUGGGCAGCCGGGGAGUCAUUCGCGUCCCAGCCCACAGACCAGUGACAGCCCCGGGACCCCCGGCCCCCGUGCAAAGCGCUGUUCCUGGCUUUGGAGGUCUGUGCUUCCCUUGGAUAGGGAACAGGUUUGCCAAGGACAGAAUAUCAGCGGCUCUGGUGCCAUUCGCCGUUACGCGGAGAAUAGGGCACCCGUACCAGAACCGGACGCCUCCUAAACGGAAAAAGCCGCGCACCUCCUUUUCAAGAGUUCAAAUAUGUGAGUUAGAAAAGCGUUUCCAUCGACAGAAGUACCUGGCCAGCGCCGAGCGGGCAGCUCUGGCAAAGAGCCUCAAGAUGACAGACGCGCAAGUCAAAACCUGGUUUCAGAACCGCAGGACCAAGUGGAGGAGGCAGACAGCCGAGGAGAGGGAGGCGGAGCGUCAGCAGGCCAAUCGCCUCAUCCUGCAGCUGCAGCAGUCCGCCCUCCAGAAGUCCCUCAGCGAAUCAGCGGUAUCAGAUCCACUGUGCGCCCAUAACUCCUCCCUGUAUGCGCUGCAGAACCUUCAACCCUGGGCCGAGGAAAGGGAGUAGAGACCAGACACCAAGCGGUAAUCACUGAGCAUCCUCUAACAGCCCUGCGAGGAUACUUUAAUUAAAUUAGACCUACAUGAGGACAGUAGGACUUACUGUGAUCCUUACUGUGGAGGGGGGAAAAAAGUGUGACCAGAAAAAAAACAAAAACGGAAGAACCCGAUUGAGUGGUUGUGAAAGUGGACCUGAAGUCGUGGUGAGUCCUGAAGCAGAAACUUUAUUGGACAAAAUGUUGCAGCUCUGUACUUGGAAACACCAGGACUACACAAAUUCAAAGGAUACGAAAAAAGACUUACCACCAUAAAAAAUUCUCGCCACCAUGUGAUUGAUGGAGGUAAUUAAUUCUCCACAUUGAGAUGCAAGAAUCAGUGUUUUGUAAAGGUGUGGUUUCUCAGUGCGACCAUCGCCUUAGUCUACCCUACUUAGUGGACUUGAUUACAGCUGGCUCUGUUAUUACCUUUUUUUUUUCUUUUUUUUAAUUUUAGUGGGAGGAUAAUCAUCUCGGCCUGCACUCCAGCAGCUCCACAACAAAGUGCACGGGUUGGAAUGUGUUUAUGAGAAAGGCCAGAUCUCUUUGUGUUUUUAUCAAAGUACAAAACAAGAAUGUCUGCUCAAAACAACGAAGAUAAAAUCUACUUCCUCUUUAAUUCUUAAUUGUUCUGGUGUUUAAACCUUCAUUUAUAGAUGUACUCACUCUGACGAGACUACAGCGCACCAUCACAGUCACCUGUAAGGCGCUCCAACAAAAUUAUAACAACAGUGUUACAUUAUGGACAGAAAAGAAAAGCUAUUUUAAGGAGUAAUAAACAGAAAAUAGAUGCUUGGAUUUGGUGGUGCGAAGUGAGGAAAAUAGGAAACAAGCUGUAAGUUGGGGAAUAAAAGGAGUGAUGCAUGUUCAGUGAUGGUGAAGUUUGGGUUUUUUUUCCUAACGCACAUUAUCAUGCUUUAUUUGUGGGCCGUGUUCUUUGAAACGGAGGCACAAAUGUACAAGUCUUUUUGUACUUACGUUGUAUAUGUGUACAGUAUAAAAUGUUGUU